UGAACGCAGCAUCUACAAGCUCACUGCGCCCCAGCAGGACGCAUCAGUAACGGACAGGUACCAAACUUUGACGAAGCAGUGAGCAUGCAGGGUGGAGGGUCAUCAUGUCUCUGUCGGUACAGUUUGGGGUUUUGAGGACCAGAGAGCUGCGGGAGCUGCUGGAGGACGAAGACAAAAUAAAUCACAUAGUCAAGUGCAGCGAGAAGUUUCAGGGACUGCAGAGAGCUACACAGAAGAUACUGGUUUCAAAUCAAAAACUAGCAAAAGCGAGUCUUUCACAAAAACCUAAAUUUAGAGAUGCGAAGUUGCUACUUGCAAUGAAGUACAGAGAACUUGAAAAACUUAGAAGCAUCAUCCAGGCCAAACAAGAACAGCUUGCAGAAAAAUACAGCGUUCAUUACGUUCAGCGGUGUCUCCUGAAGAAGAUAAAUCAUGAUGAGGAGGAGUGUGAGCUGCUGCUUCAGAGGUUUGUGGAGGGGGAAACGCCACUGGCAGAUUUCUUGGGCUCCUUUCUCAGCCUGCGGAAGCGGCACCACAUCAGGUUGGUUCUGGUGAAAAAACUCCAGGAGAGGACUGAACUUAAACCAGCUGAAAGACUCAGUGAGAUUCACCCUCAGCAUUUAUCCAUGGGGUUUCACCAGCAUAUCCACAAUCCCUGCCUCCCAGUCUGCAGCCUCACCACGGCUGUCGUCCUGCCCGCCUGCUGCCAUUCCCUCCCAUCUCUCCAAGUCCACACUCCUCCGUUCCUGCUGCCCUUUGGUCCCCAUGUAAACACUGCCCAAUGUCCACACCAUUUAUCACUUUGUUUUGAUAGCGAUGAGUCCCCACUUCCAGGAAAGUUCCCCAAAUGGCCAACGAGACCCGUCCGUCUUCAGCCACUGAAAGUCGAGCACAGGAGGCAUCAACAGGCACCGCAAUGAAGCUCCAGACGCAGGAUACAAGUUAAGACUUUGAUGUUGAUUAAUUGAAAAGGUAUAGAAAGAGCUGGAUAUCACUAAGUAGUGACUGAAGUGUGAACAUAGUAUUGUGUAUCAAAAACCAUCAAAUGUUUGGUCAGAUUUAGUCUUAAUAGGUUUAUUCUUUAAGUCACUGAACUAAUUUGAGUAUUUUAUUCAUUUUGAGACUUUAUUUAGUUCUUGAGUGUCUGUUUGAGUUCAGACAACAUUAAUAAACACUGAUUUGAGACAGCUGUACAUAAUGAUUUAGUUCAGAUGUAGAUAAAUCAUGUCUUUUGCCAACUCUGGUAAUAUAGUCUCUGGCUUUUGACUUGGAUUUCUCAAAUAAAUGAGCACUUUUUCUUGUGAGGACAGCAAUCC